GCAAAAUCCUUGUCAGCAGUGAAAUGGGAAUCAGUCGCUCAGCUGUGCUGGUGGCUGCUUACUUGAUGAUCUACCACCAUAUGACCAUUCUGGAGGCUCUGAUGACUCUAAGAAAGAAGCGUGCCAUUUACCCCAAUGAUGGCUUUCUGAAACAACUAAGGGAGCUCAACGAGCAAUUGCUGGAGGAACGAGAGUCGGAGCGUACUGGAGAUGAAGAAGUCACUCCUAGUCAAAGUCCUGUUGUCCAUGCAGGGACUUCUUCCCAGCUGUCUGGAGCUGGGGACUCAGAAAGCAUCAUGGGAGCCAAAGCCCACUCCAUCGCAGUAGAAGAAGAGGACACCAGCAGCCUGCUGGGUAGUCUAAUGAGCUCUUCAUCGGCAGGAAAAACUAGCUGGAUUUCCAAACACUCCACCCUCAUCAGUGAGGAGGAAGAGGAACAGUUGUAUGAGGAAUGGAGGAAGAAACAAGGCCUGCCUGCAAAGGAACCAGGAGUUAACCAUGGAAGAAGAACAUCUCCAAAGCUUCUGGAUCGGGAAGGGGAACAAUCUGAGGAGGAUGUGGAACAGAGGAUCCAUGACUGGCAGCGCAGAAAUGAGAAAUACCAAAUGGACGGUCCACCCAGGGAGGAGGAUGGAGAUUCCAGCAUGGGAGGAAGACCUUACCCAUCAGGUGAACUCAGUGAUGUUGAGAGUGUGAGCAGUUUUGAGAUCCGAACCCUAAAGCAACACCUGGAAGCCAGUAGCUUUAGCAGGAUGAGGAGGAGCCGCACAGGCUCUAUGUCUUCAGAGAGCACUUGGGACAUGUGGAACCAGAGGCUCCUGGAGAUUGAGAAGGAAGCUGCUCAGAGGUAUCAUUCUAAGAAUAAAAUUGGUGGGGAGAGACAAUCCCCAGAAACAGGAAGAAAGGAGAGGGAUGUGGAUGAGGAGAGCGUGUUUUCAGACAGUAGCUCCUUUUACAAUUUCUGCCAAAAGAACAAAGACAAGUUGACUCCUCUAGAAAGGUGGAAGGUCAAGAGGAUCCAGUUUGGCUUUCACAAGAAGGAUUUAGAAUCAUCAUCAUCUUCUGCACCAUCUCCAGCAGAAGAUGGCAGCCAGGCAGGUGGGGAGGGGACAGAAGGGAAGAGUUUGUCAGAUAUUAACCUGACUGCUUACCAGGCUUGGAAAAUGAAGCGGCAGAAGAAGGUGGGCAGUGAAAGCAAGGAGGAAUUUGUGGAGUUUGCCAAAAGUGAGGAUUCUGCUUCAGCCAAAAAGAAGCAGAGGCGUGUAGAGCUCCUUGAACGUUCAAAGAAAAUUUUAGAAGAAAGCCAGUCCAUGUGCAGCUGGGAGACAGAGAGUACGAUGAGUGGGAGUAUCCCACUGUCAGCUUUCUGGCCCUCAGCGCCUUCUGCAAGCGGUGCCGAGGACGCAGCUUCUGCACUGAGCAUGCAGACAAAUCAUUCAUCUUUAUCACAGACCAGGAGCAGCACAGGGGCAAUGCAGCCUCAGAUGCCAAGUAUACCCCUUCCCAAUCUCCCAGUUGGCCCAGGUGACACAAUAUCCAUGGCAAGCAUUCAGAACUGGAUCGCUAACGUGGUCAGUGAAACCAUUGCUCAAAAGCAGAAUGAGAUCAUGAUGCUGUCUCGUCCAUCCUCUGCAAUGGCCUCCAGCGUAAUGUCAGGAGAGCUUGGCAGGCGUGUAGAUGAUGAUAAGGUUUCUCUUCUUAGUUCUCAGAGUGGCUCAUCUCUUGCCACCUCUCAGCUUCGCCAGCAGGACAUGCACAGGGCUGAGUCUCAGUCUGUCCUGUCUUGCAAUAGCUCAGUGAGCGCAAGGACAGAAGGAACUAGUUCAAACGUGAAGACAACACAGACAAGCAAACCACUGUACAGCCUCUUUGCUGAUGAUGUUGACCUAAAGAAACUCAGGAGGAAGGAGAAGGAGAUGCAAAUGGAAAUGAGAGAGAAAAUGUCAGAUUAUCAAAUUGAAAAGGUGAUCAGAGACAAUAAACGCAGCACUUUAUUUAAAAAAAAGAUGACCAAAGGAGAGGAAAAUGAGAUAGAAGGUGACACAGAGAGUACAACAAACAGCCACAGGCGCCCCUUGCAAGCAGAUCUUGACAGAACUGAUACAGCCUUUGAUCCGUCCAGUCAACCUGCAAACACAGGUGCAGCGAAGUCAGAGAUAGAGACUGAUAUUACCAAGUGGCUCAGUGGCCUGAAAGCAGAAAGAGAACCACCAUCAUAUUAUGAUCAGAGUGAGAAGGCUAGAGAGAAAUAUAGCAGAUCAUCCAAAGUUAGAGAGAUGGAUUCUGAAACAUCCAGUUACAGAUUCUCCAGAUCCCAAAGAGAAGAGCUAGACAGCUGUUCUUCCUACGAGUCAAAAGGAGAUUCACUGAGAUCCAUGUCAAGAUAUUCAUCUGCUUCUGCAAAAGAGGACAAAAAGAUGUAUAAGUUCACAAGGUCAAGGGUCAGUGAGACAAUAAGUUCCAGAGAAAAGAGCCCAGAGCUGCAUGGUUUCAGCCGAACACCUGAACCAUCCUUUGGCUCUGAAUCCCCUGAACCAUCUACACAGAGUCGAGUUAGAUCUCAUCAUGUGGAGGCGUGUGAAGAGGAGGCCAGGUCAGACAUGUCAGAAUUUGGAGCUAAGAGAAAGUUCACCCAGAGCUUUUCAAAGUCUGAAGAGGAUGGAAAGGAGGCAAAAGUGGAACAAAGUGAAGAAAGAUUUGCAUCUAGACAGUCUUCUCAGUACAGGCGAAACAUGCGUAAAGAAGAGGAAGAAGAGAUGGAUGAUGAUGCCAUUAUCGCUGCUUGGAGAAGCCGACUAGAAGAAACUACAGCAAAGCUCCGGCGGAGAAGGGAAGAGUGA